UUUGAUGAAACAGGUCAAGCUGACGUUAAAGAUCGCAAAGUAGAGAUCUGUACAAGAUCGUAUAAAAUCUUAACUGAAAUAGUUGGAUUCAAUCCUAACGAUAUUAUUUUUGACCCGAAUAUUUUAACUAUCUGUACUGGUAUGGAAGAACAUAAUAAUUAUGGUGUAGAAUUUAUUGAAGCGACAAGAGAAAUCAAACGAACUUUAUCCGGUGCAAAAGUUAGCGGUGGUGUAUCUAAUUUAUCAUUUUCAUUUCGUGGAAUGGAUAAAAUUAGAGAAGCCAUGCAUAGCGUUUUCUUAUAUCAUGCAAUUCAAGCUGGUCUUGAUAUGGGAAUUGUAAAUGCAGGAUUUUUGACUAUUUAUGAUGACAUUCCAAAAGAUUUGCUUGAGCUUUGUGAAAAUGCAUUAUGGAAUCGUGAUCCAGAUGUAACGGAAAAAAUAUUAAAUUAUGCACAGAAGCAUGAUACGGAGGAAGCUAGGAAGAAUUAUUCGAGACCUUUAGAAGUUAUAGAAGGUCCUUUAAUGAGCGGUAUGAGUAUUGUUGGUGACUUAUUCGGAAAAGGUAAAAUGUUUUUACCACAGGUUAUCAAAUCUGCACGAGUUAUGAAAAAGGCAGUAGCACACUUGAUCCCUUUUAUGGAAGAAGAACGUAUGGCUAAUCUUGCAAAAACUGGUGGUGAAGAUUCAGGCCCUGCACAUGCGGGAGUUGUUGUUUUAGCUACUGUAAAAGGAGAUGUUCAUGAUAUUGGUAAAAAUAUUGUUGGCGUUGUGCUCGGUUGUAAUAAUUACAAGGUUAUUGAUUUAGGUGUAAUGACACCCUGUGAGAAAAUUAUAGCAACAGCUUUGGAAGAAAAAGCCGAUAUUAUUGGAUUAUCGGGCUUGAUUACACCCUCUUUAGAUGAAAUGAUAACAGUUGCCAGGGAAAUGGAAAAGCGUAAUUUGAAUAUUCCAUUAUUAAUUGGUGGAGCUACAACUUCUAAAGCGCAUACUGCAGUAAAAAUUUCUCCUCAAUACAAUAAACCUACUAUACACGUAUUGGACGCUUCAAAAAGCGUCGUUGUGGUAUCAAACUUGUUGGAUGAGAAAUCCAAAGAGGACUUCUGGGAAGAUAUAGCAGAAGAAUAUCAAGAAAUUAGGGAAGAUCAUUUUGCUUCUUUGAAAGAUCGAAAAUACUUACCUUUGCAAACAGCGAGAGAAAAAGGAUUCAAAAUUGACUGGGCUAAACAAUCUCUUCCCGUUAAACCAUCUUUUAUUGGAAAACGAGUAUUUACGAAAUAUGAUUUAAGGAGAAUUUCAGAAUAUAUUGAUUGGAAUCCUUUCUUUCAAGUUUGGCAAUUGAGAGGAAGGUAUCCCAAUCGCGGAUUCCCAAAAAUUUUUAAUGAUGAACAUGUUGGUCCAGAAGCUAAAAAAGUAUAUGAUGAGGCAUUAGCCUUUGUCAAAAAGAUUAUUGAUGAGGAUUUAUUCGUUGCUAAAGGCAUCGUUGGAAUUUAUCCUGCUAAUAGUGUGGAUGAUGAUAUUCAAGUAUAUGAGGAUGAAUCACGACGCAAGGUCGCUUCCACCUUUUUCGGAUUAAGACAACAAGCGGAAAAGGAGCCGAAAGAACCAUAUUUUUGUCUUUCCGAUUUUAUAGCACCUAGAGCAUCUGGUAUACCAGAUUAUUUAGGUUUAUUCGCAGUUGGUAUAUUUGGUGCUGAAGAGCUUGUAAAGAAAUUCGAAGAUGAACAUGAUGAUUAUAAUAUUAUCAUGACUAAAGCAAUUGCAGAUCGUUUUGCUGAAGGAUUUGCUGAAUGUUUGCAUGAGAGCAUACGUAAAGAAUUAUGGGGAUAUUCACCAAAUGAAAAUUUAAAAUUAGGAGAUAUGCUGAGCGUUAAAUAUCAAGGUAUUAGACCAGCUCCAGCUUAUCCAUCUCAACCGGAUCAUCGUGAAAAAUCAACUAUGUGGAAUUUAAUGAAGAUACAUGAAGAAACUGGGAUUGAAUUGACUGAUAACUUGGCUAUGCUUCCCGCUGCUAGUGUUUCAGCCCUAGCCUUUGCAAAUUCCGAAUCACAAUAUUUCGCGGUUGGAAAGAUAGAAAAGGAUCAGGUUCUAAAUUACACUGAACGUAUCGGUAAAGAUCUUGAAGAUACAGAAAAGUGGCUUCGACCCAAUCUUAAUUAUGUAGACUUCAAAGUUUCUUGUAAUUCUGAUCCUAAUGUACUUCGAAGACUAAAAUUUGAAAAGGGCUCAAUCCUUACAUAUUCUUCUUUGAAAACAAAGCUUUCGGAUCUUUUUCGAACGGAUUAUUUUAACGUUCGUUACCAAGAUGAAGAUGGUGAUGCUAUAAGUAUCGAUAGUGACUCAUGUCUGAAAGAAGCAAUUGAUCAUGCUGCUUUGAAUCUAAACAAAAAAAAUGCUAGAGUUGUGAUUCGCUUAAGCUUGGAAAAAAUAGACACAAUAGUCUCUAAACAUCAAGAAAAAGAGUUACCCAAUAAUCUUAAUGGUAAUUCAAAUGAAGAUGAUAAUAAUGUAACAGAAAACUCAGAUUCGUCAACGUCCGAAUUUGGCACGAAUAACGAAUACGCAAAUCCUGAAGAGUACCCUUUUGAAAGGGUCCUUAAUAUUGGAAUCAAACAUCUUCAAGACACGGUACAAACAUUUGUUACACAACUGAGUUCCACUAUUGAACGUGAUCUGUCAUAUAAGAAUCUUAACGUGUCUCAGCCAAAUCAAUCAAAUAAUGUUGAUACAAAUCUUUCGUCUGAUACUCGUCAAAUUCCAAAUUCUUCGGAACCUGUUGUGCAUCAUGGUGUAUUAUGCGAUUGCUGUCAAAAUACUAUCCGUGGAAUGAGAUGGAAGUGUACAACUUGUAAAAAUUAUGACGUGUGUCAAGUUUGUAAAUCCAAACCAAGUACUCUUCAUACUCACCCAAAUAAUCAUGCUUUCCGACCUAUUCCUUAUCCGAGAACUUCCAAUGUUUCUACUCAUUCGGAAAAUGUGCAUUCUGCUACUUGCGACUAUUGUGAAUCAGUCAUCUUUGGAAUACGUCAUAAAUGUAUUAAUUGCCCAGAUUUCGACUUGUGUAGUUACUGCAUUUCGCUUGCACCAAAUCAACAUCCAGAUCAUACAUUUAUGUCUAUUCAUAAACCUGGUGAUCCAGAAAUCAAAAUUCCGGAUGCUGCUUUUCACCCUGGAAUUAAAUGCGAUGGUUGCCACAAAGCAAUUAAUGGUGUCAGAUUUAAGUGCGGAAAUUGCCCCGAUUUCGAUCUUUGCGGAAAUUGCGAGGCAUCCCCUCUUAACAAGCAUGAUCUUAAUCAUGUUUUCAUUAAACUCAAGAGGCCUGUUCCAUCUCCAUUAUCAUCAACUGAAGCAUUACUUCCGCUUUUUUAUUCGCGUGCAGAUAUCAAGGGUAGUUGUAAAUCAAAAGCAGAAUGCAGGAAAAAUUCUUCAAAAGAAAUAGAAUCUAUUACAAAUAACGAUUUGGUUGAGUCAACUCCAAAUUUGUCCUCACAAUCUACUAUCCAGAAGCAACCAAUUUCAAUUGUCAAAGGACCGAGUGGUGAACCCGUUAUUAGUCGGGCACCUAUUGAACUUUAUGAGGAAUUGCGUGAAACUUCAAUAUCUGAAUCAGCUCCUUUGCCUGAGAUAUCUUCUAAACCUUCUCCUUCCAUUUCAAAUAUCAACGCUAGUCAUAAUGAUUUCUUCCCUUCUUUGCUCCUUAAAAAAACUGAACCAGCUGCACAGGAUUCAAAUAAUGCUUUAAAGGUAUCUAUGUUGAAUUCAUGCUUUAUUGAAGAUGUAAAUAUACCCGACGGUACAGUACUCGUGCCACAGGCUCAAUUUCUAAAGAUCUGGAAAAUGUCUAACAACGGUGGUGUCACUUGGCCUGAAAGCACGGUCCUACAGUUUGUUGGUGGACAGCGUAUGUUCAAUGAUAGUUUGGUUAAAAAUGGCGAAGAAGGUACCGCACCGUAUAUCCCUGUUGGUGCUGUUGAAGUUGGUAAAACUCUGGAUAUUUCUGCUGAUCUCCAAGCGCCAUCUGAACCCGGAAAAUACGUUUCAUUCUGGCGAUUAACAGAUAAGGAUGGUAAUCGAUUUGGACACAGAGUUUGGUGUGAUAUUGAUGUGGAGGCUGUUGAUCAAUCGACCAAUAUGUCUGCUUCUUCAAUGAUCUUCCCUGUAUUAAAUUAUGAUCAACAAUCGGUCUCCGCUAAAUCUAAUGAUACCUCAGUUCCAUUAUCUUCGAUUCCUGCCACUCUUGUAUCUUCAGAAAUUUUAAGACUUGAAAAUGAUGAUGAUAGUCUUUUCCGUGAUCCAGUUUCACUUGGUUCAUCUUUGUCAGAACUAAGAAAAUUAGAAAUUGAAAAUCAAUCUGAUCAUUAUGAUUCUGAUGAUUCCGAUGAUAAUUCUUCGAUUGCUUCAAGCGCAGAUUCGUCUCAAGAUUUUAUUGUUGUAGAAAAAGAUUCGGACGAUGACAUGCAAACACAACGUGGAAGAAGCGUACAACCAUAUACUUUAAAUCUAAGUUCAGAUGAAGAAGUUAUUAACGACACACAAUCUGAAGGUAAACUUUUAGCCGAAAAUGUUCAAAGCUCAUCCGUUCCUUCAUCUGCUGAAGUUGAAGAUAUCGUCGUAACAUCACAACCCGGUGAUAUUGGUGAAUCUAAAUUCAAUAAAGAAUUUUCAGAGAAUUUGAAAUACAAACAAACAUUGGCGACAUUGGCUGAAAUGGGUUUCGAUGACGAAGAGGAGAUGAUUAAACUUGUGGUGAAGCAUGAUGGAGAAUUAGAUUCAAUCAUCAAUAUACUCCUUUAG